AUGUAUUUAGGAGAACAAAAUGAAUUUAGUUCAACAUUUUGGCUUGAACGUCGAUGGAUAUUUAAAGUUGAAAAUGAUUUUGAGAAUUUAAUUUAUUCAAUUCAACCAUAUAAAAGAAAUUGGUAUGAAUAUCGUUCGGAAUCAAACCAAUUAUCAAGAUCUGUUCAAUUUGAAAUAGUUGAUGUAUCACCUGAACAAUGGCUAGAAUCAAUCCAUAUUAGUGAUCAUAUUUAUCAUGCAUUAACUAUUACACAAAUCUAUCAUUUACAAAUCUCAACGUCAAUUUCUCUUGAGAAUUUAUAUAAAAUUUUACUUCUAUUAUCUGAGAUUGAAACAUUAACAUUAUUUCGAUUAUUAUUUACUAAUUCAACAUCUAUAACUGAUGAAGAACUUCAACCAUUAUAUUUAUUAUUUCAUGAAAAACAUUGUCAAAAACUUUCCUUUAGUGAUGUUUAUCAAAUGGCUGAUGUUCAUUUUUUAAUGCUGAUUUGUUUUCAUGUUAAUCAUCUUCAUCUUCAUUGUAAUGACUAUAAUCAUAUUGAAUCAUUUGUAGGACUUAUAUUAUCUCAUAUUCGACCAAGAAUAGAUAGUAAACUUCGAUUAUUAUCAUUUACUAUGCUAAAUUUUGCCAAUGAUAUGAUCGAAUUUUUAACUAAAAUAAUUAAAAAAAAUAAAUUACUUGAUGAUUUUAUUAUUGAACAAGUUAAUAAUGAUGUUUAUAUAAAAUGGACCUGA